CAUGCAGCCUCCAUUCCCCCACCUUUUUCCUAUUUAAACCUACUUAUCCCAUUGCAUUGGAGAAGAGCCUAAGAGAAGAUACUGAAAAGAGUUGAGAGAAUCGAAGGAUUUAUUUUUUAGCCUUGUACCAAUUACACAACAAGGAAGUGGCUAUGGAAGUAGAAGAUGAUCUGUUCUUCGCAGAUUUAAGCAAGCAAAUCUCUCUUCUAAUUAUGGACGAGGAGGAGGAGGAGGAGGAGGACGACCCAGUUGCAAACUUUCCAGUUUCUCUUCAGGAUUUCUCUCGAGCAAUCCAUCCGCCUGAAAGAUUACCUCCAAUUCUAUAUGUGCAAACGUGCCGGAGAAAAAGCAAAGGGACCGGAGUUUUCAUCCCUCAGUCAUCACAGCCGAGAAGGAAGAAGCACAGGCAAGGAAGACUUGCUUCUUACAACGCAAUAUCCCGCAGAAAGCCUGAUACUACAGGGAUGGCCGUUUCCCAAGCUUCUUCCAACCAUUCUUUUAGGCCAAAAAAAGGUUGAGUACUAGAGAUCCUUUGAUUUAUAUAAAAAUAAUUUAUAAUCCUUAACACAAAUAGCCAUUAAUUCAUAUAUAGGAUUUUAAUUAAUAUUUGUGUAUAUAUAUGGUGAAUAUUUAUGUAGAUGGAAAAGCUAUAUAAAGUUGUUCACUGUUGAGGUGUAGAGUCGCCAAAGGUUUCUACUCCUCCAAUAUCUGUUGAGGAUUUACAUGUAUGGAUGUUAUUUAGUUUGAUACAGGACAAGCUUUUCAUGUAUCGUUCGAUCUAUUAAUGCAAAAUCUAAUUGCCCAAGCAAAAAUUGCUGCUGCA